CGGGGACUGACUGGGACUUUCUUAGUGGCAUUUUGUCGUGACUGUUGCCCAUUGUACCAUCUCAGUUACUACCGUAUAACCUUCCAUGGAAUUAAACAAUGAUCGAUGGUUGCCAAAUAUCAGAGGCUCAGUGUGCAGUUGUUAAAAUGUCAGAUGCGAAGACGAAAAUCAACAGGAAGUGCUUUGCAGCUUAACAUGAAUGGUCGUAUUGCCGAUGAAGAUAUGCUGUUAAGCUCGGAUAACGUGCGAAAAUACACCAUCGACACCGAGCCUUGUUAUCGGGCCGUAUGGAGGAACGCAUGCGCAGCGAUCAACGCUAUUUUGUGUGGAUGUUUUAUCGCUAUUGAGUGUGCAAGCGUUUUGGUGGGAAUUGUUUUCUUUCACAUCUGGUUUAUAACUCCCUACAACGUCAUUUGUGCAGUGUUAGAUCUGAAGCGAAGAUGUCUUGUGACUGUUUACAAUCUGAUCUUAAAUCGCUGUGUAAAACCAGUGUCACGAAUCACCAGAGUGGCGGGGUACAUCCUUUAUGGCAAGAGGGAUGACAGCACAUAGUUUGUGGAUAUUAAUUUUGUGUUGUAUCUUUAUACUAUAUUUUUGGCAUCCAUUAACCGAUGAUUAAUAAACCAACGUGCUCGUGUGGUAUCGCUAAACAAAACAAGCAAACUGUACAUAUCGUUUGUGAACAGUAAUAUAUGUACACAAAAUUAAAACCGUUAACUGAG